CGUCUGCCGUUUUAAAAACGCGUUUGGUGUGUUUCAGCCCAUACUGUAGCCUUGGGGCACGUUGAAUCUGAAAACCGUGUGUACCGUUUUCCUACGGUGUCUGGGUUGAAAGACAUGUUUCCUCAAAACCGUGUGAAAUGGUGUGCAACUUUGAGGUACAUAUUCUCUUUAAUUGGUGAGUGUAUCAGAGUUGUUACCCAAACCGCAGCGAUCUGUAUAAGCCCCACUGUUUAAAAAGAAAAAGAAAAAGCAGUAGGCCUACGCACAAUGGGUCCAACUAAAGUCCUUUACAAAUGCAAGAUGAGAAAAAAAAUAGAAAAAAAAAUAAACACGCAUUUAAACCGAUUUCAUCGGCCGCCAAAAAUUAUUCGAAAGAACGCAAAGAAUGGCCGUUUCAGCGGCGCACUUGCAUAACACAACGGUGUUCAACGCGCCACCGUUUCUGUUUAAAUAAACGUUUUGUCGGGCUGCAUCCCUGAUCUACAGAGGCGUGGGAAAAUAAAUACGCACACACAGAGGCUGCACGACUCAAACGGGAAACAACCUCUGAGGAAAUUCAGUGAAACGCCCAUCAUCCUGCUACACGUACAGUGUAAAGCCAGAAAGCUUAAUUGUUCAUACUGCUUACGGCAAGUUUACGUGGCGGACACAGGCAUCCACAGAAACCGGCACAUUCCUUCACAUCAAGGAAAUCCCAGUGCUUAGGAAAUCCAGGCCAGGUUUUUCGCGCAACAUUUUCAAACGUAGCUCACUAUGAGUGAGUGAGAGUGUGAGAAAAAAAACAGCCCUGUUUACAGCGCUGAUUGCACAGCAGACGCUCCGCGGACCCGCUACGUUUAUACGCGUAUGCACACCAUCGACUAUGAUAGCUUUUAUGACUAGGAUAUCCCAUACUGGAGACACAUUUCUUAAGGAACGUUUAGAACCUGAUAGUCCAUGUUCUUUGGGACAGCUACAACGAGGUUGCUAGCCUUAACGUUAGAAUUCAGAAAUCUCAGACGGCUAGGCUGGUAAAAAGACAGGAGGGUGGGAGGAAAAAAGCGGUCUGCAGUUGAUGAAACGAUUCCCGCGGUGAACAUUGUGGUACAAACGGCAUCCAGGCUUGGUCAUUCACGGGAAGUGUUUGAUUUUUCUGAUAUUUACGUUAUCUAUUGGAAUGCCGUUCUGUCUAUGAUGCUCAAUCCUCAUCUGCACAAUGUCGUCCCCGUCUGACCUACCAGCACACGCCAGCUAGCUAGCUAGUCAGCUAGUCUUCUCAAGCAGCGUCGAGGAGGAACACCGUGCAGCUGAACGAAGAGUGUGUCCCUCCAUUAUUUUUUGUAAGAAAUGGAAUGUGAAGAUGCGGAUAAUCAAAGGAUUGGAAUAUACAGCCUGUUUUUUGAGGCGCUUAUGCAUACAAUCGUGUAUGGACUGCACGAUUUGUGAAGACAUUCGAAUACCAUUGAUAUUCACAUGUCCCAUGCCGAAAAAAACCUAGCGUAGCUAGCUGGCUAACUGGCUUGAGAUCUCCCCAACAACAGACUCCCGAGAAAUUCCACCGCACGCCAAAAGGCUAGCACGCAGUUUGUUGGAUGACUAGGUAACGUUAGCGCAUUAGUUUGCAUUUUAAGAGUUAGUCUUAGUUAUCUAGGUCCUCAACGAAUUAUUUUUGCAAUUAAAGUUAAAUUAUCAAGGAGCCAUUAGACGUAGCCCGCUGGAUAACUGUCUGAACUACCAAGCAUCGCUGGAAAACCAGAUUCUAGCUAGCAGAGCUAGCGUUAUUUUUUUUUUUCAGGACUGUGAACAACAACCGCAAGCUAGGUAGCCGCUGACCAGGCUAUCUACGCUUUUUUAACUGAGUGAAAACACAGUUGCAAGACUUUAAAGACAUAUUUUGUUUGGCUAGGAUCGCACUUGCUUACAGGAAUGAGGUCUAGUAAACGAAGAAAUUAUUUGACCUUGUUUUACGGUCUGCUGCUGUCCCUCUCAACAAUCUACCUCAGGCCCGCAAAUGGAGAAAUCUGUGGCCCGAGCAUCGACAUCGGAAACGACUUUGCGGACUUCAGCCGCCUGGAGAACUGCACGGUGGUGGAGGGCUACCUGCAGAUCCUGCUCAUUGGCGACAAGAACGGCGGGGCCAAUCAGGAGGUCUUUCGAACGCUCAGCUUCCCUAAGCUCACCGUCAUCACCGACUACCUGCUCCUGUUCCGCGUGGCGGGCCUGGACAGCCUAAGCACGCUCUUCCCCAACCUUACGGUCAUCCGCGGGCACAACCUCUUCUACAACUACGCGCUGGUCAUCUUUGAGAUGACUAGCCUCAAGGACAUCGGGCUCUACAACCUGCGGAACAUCACGCGUGGGGCCAUCCGGAUCGAGAAGAACCCGGAGCUGUGUUACCUGAAAUCGCUGGACUUUUCGCGCAUCAUGGACACGGGCAACAACUUCAUCGCUGGCAACAAGCAGGCCAAGGAGUGCGGCGAUGUGUGCCCAGGCCUCAUGGAGGACCAGCAGCAGUGCGUCGACCAUCGCUGCUGGACUUCCAGCCACUGCCAAAAAGUGUGCCCUGAAGGUUGCGGGCGCCGGGCGUGCACGGACGCGGGCGAGUGCUGCCACCCCCAGUGUUUGGGCAGCUGCACAGCUGCGGACAGCGACAUGGCGUGCGCCGCGUGUGUGCACUACUUUCACGAGGGCCGCUGCGUGGCGGACUGCCCGGCGGGCACCUACCGCUUCGAGGGCUGGCGCUGCAUCUCGUUGGAACUGUGCGCCCGCGUGCACCUCCCCGACUCCGAGCGCUUCGUCAUCCACGCGCGAGAGUGCAUGGAAGAUUGCCCCCGGGGCUUCACCCGCAACGGAAGCCAAAGCAGUAUGUUCUGUCGGGCGUGUGAUGGCGUGUGUGAUAAAAUCUGCGAGUCGAAGAACAUCGACUCUGUGAACGCCGCCCAGAACCUGAAGGGUUGCACCGUCAUCAAAGGCAACCUGAACAUCAACAUCCGCAGAGGAGAUAACAUCACUGCAGAGCUGGAGAACUUUAUGGGUCUGAUUGAGACUGUGACGGGCUACGUGAGGAUCCGCCACUCGCACACUCUCCAGUCUCUCUCCUUCCUCCGCAGCCUACGCUACAUCAACGGCGAACAGCUCUGGGAAGACAUGUACGCUUUCUCUGCUCUGGACAACCAAGACUUGGAGAAACUGUGGAACUGGAGCUCCCACAGCCUGACCAUCCGCUCGGGGAAGCUGCUCUUCUCCUUCAACCCCAAGCUGUGCAUGAGCGAGAUCAGCACCAUGUGGGAGAAGACCGGCAUCGCUGGCAAGUUCGAGAAGGACAACUUUAGACACAACGGAGACCGAGCCAGCUGUGAGAGUGGCAAGCUAACCUUCAAGUCCAACAGCACCAGCAGCAACAAGAUCACGCUGACCUGGCACCGGUACCGGCCUCCGGAUCAGCACAUCCACGCCAGCUUCAUUAUUUACUACAAAGAGGCACCUUUCCAGAACAUCACAGAAUUUGAUGGUCAGGACGGCUGUGGUUCGAACAGCUGGAACAUGCUGGACGUGGAGGCUCCGCAGGACGCCAACCGCGACCCAGGGGUGCAGCUGCACCCUUUGAAGCCCUGGACGCAGUAUGCCAUCUUUAUCAAGGCCAUCACGCUUGCUGAGGACCGCAGUCACGGCGCCAAGAGUGAAAUCGUCUACAUGCGCACCAGAGCAUCAGAGCCCUCGAUGCCAGUGGACAUGCGUGCCUUCUCCAACUCCUCUACCAGGCUGCUGAUCAGGUGGUCCCCUCCGGCACACCCCAACGGCAACCACACCUUCUACCUACUGCGCUGGCAGCAGCAGGCCGAGGACCGGGAGCUUUAUCAACACAACUACUGCUCUAAAGAGUUGAAGAUCCCCAUCCGGUUCUCGGCCACGCGAGUGGCAGACGGUGAGGAGGACACCAAACCCACAAAGCCAGACGCAGGGGGAGCAGAGAAGGGGCCGUGCUGCCCCUGCCCCAAAACAUCCGAGGACCUGCAGAAUGAGGCGGACGACGCUGCCUACCGCAAAGUGUUUGAGAACUUCCUGCACAACUCCAUCUUCACACCCAGACCCCCAGACCGUCGUCGCAGGGACCUGUUUGGCAUCGCCAACGGCACACUCCCCCAUUCGUUGCCGGCGAACGGCAGCAUAACCGAGGGCAACGGGACGGAGGGCGGGUCUAUAGAGUUUGACUUCAUAGAGAGGAAGGUGUGGGAGCGCAGCACCGAGCUCACUGGCCUCCAGCCGUUCACAGUGUACCGCAUCGACCUGCACGCGUGCAACCACGGAGUCCACUUCUGCAGCGCCUCCGCCUUCGUCUUCUCAAGGACCAAACCUGCAGAGAGAGCAGAUGAUAUCCCAAGUGAAGUGACAUGGGAGUGGCUUAAGGAAGCAGUCUUCCUGAAGUGGCCAGCGCCACUCAGGCCCAACGGUCUUAUACUCAUGUAUGAGAUAAAGUUUCGUCUGGGCAACGAGCAAGAGAAGCAUGAGUGUGUGUCUCGGCAGCUGUACAGUAGCCAUGGUGGCGCUCGCCUGCCCAACCUCGGGCCCGGUAACUACUCUGCCCGCGUGCGGGCAACAUCUCUGGCGGGCAACGGCUCCUGGACCAAGCCUGUGGCCUUCUACGUGCCACAUCUGGACCCAUAUGAUAACCUGCUCUACCUGAUGAUCAUCGUGCCCCUGGUGGUUGUUUUUUCCUUGUUCAUGGGUGUAGUUUUCUUCAUGGUCAACAAGAAAAGGAACAGUGACCGUCUGGGGAAUGGGGUCCUGUACGCCUCGGUUAACCCAGAGUACUUCAGUGCUGCUGAAAUGUAUGUUCCUGACGAGUGGGAGGUUGCCCGUGAGAAGAUCACUCUCUGCCGUGAGCUAGGCCAGGGUAGCUUUGGCAUGGUCUACGAGGGCAUCGCUAAGGGCGUCGUCAAGGACGAGCCGGAGACGCGCGUGGCCAUCAAGACGGUGAACGAGUCGGCCAGCAUGCAUGAGCGCAUCGAGUUCCUCAACGAGGCCUCCGUCAUGAAGGAGUUCAACUGCCACCACGUGGUGCGUCUGUUGGGCGUGGUCUCACAGGGACAGCCCACUCUGGUGAUCAUGGAGCUUAUGACUCGGGGAGACCUGAAGAGUUACCUGAGAUCACUUCGUGCCAAAGAGAGCUGUACGAGCCUGCCCCUACCCCCUCUGAAGAAGAUGAUCCAGAUGACUGGGGAGAUUGCAGACGGCAUGUCCUACCUCAACGCCAACAAGUUUGUGCACAGAGACCUGGCAGCCAGGAACUGCAUGGUGGCCGAGGACUUCACCGUCAAGAUCGGAGACUUUGGCAUGACGCGGGACAUCUAUGAGACGGACUACUACCGCAAGGGAGGGAAAGGCCUCCUGCCAGUGCGCUGGAUGUCCCCAGAGUCCCUCAAGGACGGAGUCUUCACCACCAUGUCUGACGUCUGGUCGUUUGGGGUGGUGCUGUGGGAGAUUUCCACCCUGGCGGAGCAGCCCUACCAGGGCAUGUCCAACGAGCAGGUGCUGCGCUUCGUCAUGGAGGGAGGCCUGCUGGACAAGCCCGACAACUGCCCUGACAUGCUGUUUGAACUGAUGCGGAUGUGCUGGCAGUACAACCCAAAGAUGCGGCCGUCCUUCCUGGAGAUCAUCAGCAGCAUCAAGGAGGAGCUGGAGGCGCCGUUCCGGGAGUUGAGCUUCUUCUACAGCGAGGAGAACAAAGCCCCCGACACAGAGGAGCUGGACAUGGACACCAUGCACAACGUGCUGCUGGGCGCUCAGAACAGCCUCACACCACUGACCGCUGCCAACGCCAGCGCACCCCCCUCCAGUGCCAACGCCCACGCUGCCACAGACGCUGCUGUAGCCGCGGCGACAGCCUCCAGCAGCGGUGGCGGAGGCGGCGGCAGCAACAGCAACGCCCCCGCUUCCCCAUCCAGUGUCGCUGGAGCUGGAGCCGGAGCCGUUGCCUCGGCAGCCACAGGCUCGCCCCUCGCCCCCUCCUCUCCCUCCUCCUCCCCGGGCUCGGACAGACCCUCAGGCCACGCCCAGGCGGCGGCCAACGGGCCAAUGGUGUUGCUGGGAGCGGGGCUGGACGAGAGUCAGCCGUACGCACACAUGAACGGCCGUAAGAGUCAGAGGGCGUUACCGCUCCCGCAGUCCUCUGCCUGCUGACCACACUAUCACACACACACACACACACAUGAGCAGGACCGCAUCUCUCUCCUUCUCCUCUCAGCACGUUCUCCAUCUCCUCUCUCCUUUCGCCUUCUCUUUCUCUCCUUCCUUCCUUCAUUCUCGCUCAUCCCUCGUCUCCUUUCUCUCCCCUUUCUUUCCGCUUCCUCACUUCUUCAUGAAAGACACAGUGGGAGAGAGAGACUGUUGUGCGGGGCGGGGCUUUUCUUACACAUCUGUCCAGCCAUUUCCUGCUGUGUGGAAGGACUGGAGUUUAUUUCUGUGUGUAUGUAUGCGAACACUAAGGGGCGCCAGAGUGCUUGGAAGAUGGGCGGCGACGGGGUGGCAAUGGCGCGUCAUCGUCGUGACGACUGGAGUUUCUACCGUACCUCAGUGGACCUUUCCUAUUUUUUUUUUUUUUUUUUUUUUUUUUUUUUUAUUUCUUAUCAACUGACACUAGCACCAACCAACCUGCUGCUGCUGUCUUGGGAAGUGGACAGAUUGGAGGACUGACUGAAGCCUUUUCCCCGGGGAGGGACUGGGUUCGGGUUUGGGUUCGGGGACAGGGAUGUUUUGGUGUGUGGGGGGAGGGGGGGACCCAGUCUAUCCUGUGAUGGCUAAACUGGUUUUCGUAAUGUUUUUUGUUACUUUUAUAACGUUUCCAAAUAGGGAAAAACACAAAAUGCAGGCUUGUCAUAAAGGGUAGAGCAUUGAGGUGGCAUUAUGAUUAUUAUUAUGAUUUAUUAUUAUUAUUAUUAUUAUUAUUAUUAUGAUGUUAUUGUUCUAUAUUAUGGAAGACAAGAGGACACUAUUGGCAUAACUCUGCAGCAAAUCCAACAGAUGAGCACUUGAGGGUGGGGGAGGAAGUGAGCAUCUGUGUGUUUCUGUUUUUAAACAGACACACACUUUUGGGCUCUUGGUGGGUGGGGGGGUGGGGGGGUGUGGUUGAGGAUGUUCUGAGUACACACAUACACACACACACACACACCUUAACUGGUUUGGUCUCAGGAGAGUGUGUGUCGAGAGAUUAAACCAGAAGCAUUGUGAGUCUCAAACCUGCCAAAAUGUCUAUUUUUACACUCUUUACCCUUUUUGCCAAAAGUUGUAAACUCUCAAUUGAAGGCUUCCCGCUCCUUCACCCUGCAGUUAUUUGAAUUCUGGUUUGCCUUCAGAUAAGGAUGGAGGACACUGAAUCAAAACACAAUCCAACAUCUCUUCUCUGUUCUUUUCUCCUGACUUGAAACAGUCAUGCGCUGGUUGUAGUGGGUGGGAGACUCUUCUAUCCAGUGAUUGGUUAUUCUGGAGGGGGUGUCUCUUGAUUAUUUUGAAAGGGGUGAUCUCACUCCUUUCUCUCUGAUGAUUGGUUGAAAUUGGUUAUUGGGAGCGAGGGGUAUCUUCUCCCCAUUGAUAGCUUAUUCCAGAUGGGGGAGGCUCUUUCUCCUCCAUCGUAUCUGAGGGUUUGUUCUAAAGGGGCCUCGACUCACCCACAGCUGGGCCUUACACAGAGUGCAACCAAUACACACAAACACACACACACACACACACACACACACACACACACACCAGAAGUUACACUGGAAGGGUCAGGAGGUCAGCAGACAGGAGCGCUCCCUGAAACAGUUACACAGGUACACCAGGAUUCUCUUAUCUCUCUCUCUAUCUAUCUCUCUCUCUCGUGCACACACACCCACACACACCCACCUGUCUGUGAUGGUCUCAGUUCUGUGUCGUACCGCAGAGCAAACACAUACAUAUACACACACACACUCCUUGACAUCAGUUUGUUAGUGUCACUUUUCUAUGACUUUUUUACAGUUCAGAUGUUCACUUUAAAUGUCUGUACAGAAGGAAGCUGCUAUUUUUCUUUCAUUUGUUUUUCUUUAUUUUGUGGUUGUAAUAUAUAUCUAUAUCUAUAUGAAGAGAUCUUCAGGUUUCUUUCUUGUUUCCAGUGUUUCCUCUGCAAUCCGUUUCAGCUUCCAUUCCUGAAAACAAAACAAAGAUCAAAAAAGUUCCCAUAAAAUGAAAUCCAUGUUUUUUUUUAAAUUUGCAUUUCUUUGUGUCUCCUCCUCCUCCCAAAUCCAAAGGCUCUCAUCCCAAGCAUCCUUCAGCACGGCUUUGAAAUUGAGUGUUGAGUCAGCUUCUUAAUCAGUGUUGAGCCAGCUCCGUCUUUCGUCUCCUGUCUCCAGCUCUGAUGUGGGUGUUCAGUCCGCUCAGACCUCUUCCUUCUCCUCCUCCUCUUCUGCUCAUCUUAUGACCAGCUCUCCCUCUUGUGUUUGUAAAUGCCAACCUGACCCAGGACCUUACGAAACUGUGUGACGCACUACAAUUAGAAGAUGCCUCCCCUUGUAAAGGACCUAGUUAGUUCAUACACACGCACGCACGCACGCGUUAAAUCUGCUUUCCCAUGUAUUGUGUGGUCAGAACUGAGGAUGACGUGGCUGUGUGUUAAUGCCAUAUAAUCCAUGUAAUGAAUACUAGGAGUCCUUACGAACUGAAGUUUACCAUUGAUGCACGUCCAGUUGCCGCUGAUUCAGCUCAAAUUAGACUUGCAGUUAUUGGCUAUACCAAUGGCUUGUCCCAUCUACUGAAAGGAGCUAUGCUACGUAGUCAGCUUGUGCUAAUCCACAUUUUGUACAGAUCAGUGAUGGCUGGGUAGGUGGGUGUGUUUGACAGCCCCCAAUGGCAGUGCUGCUAUAGCCAGACAUAGCCCAGGUAUUCUCCUGUGUCUUCAAAGAAGAUGUUGUUACUGGGGUGAAAGGCAUUUUAUGAAGCCCUACAAAUACUUUCGAGCAGAGUUGAGUAUGGCAAAGAGGUUCUAUUAAACCAAGGGGAAACCAAACCUUUAGCUCAUCUUCAGCCAGCUGUGACCAUUCCUGAUGUUUGUCCAGAUUCUUCUCUUUUCCUCUGCUCCCUCUGAGACUGUUUCCACGCUACCCUCUCAAUCAUUUAUCUACCUCACUCUUCAAAACAGUGACAUCCAUACAUGGGUUAUAUCGGCCGUGUGUGUGUGUGUGUUAUAUACACACGCGCGCACAUGUGUGACAGAGAUACAGCAAAUUGAAGCAGAGGAGGAACUCCAGCAUUAGGGCUGCCAAACCCAGAACAACAGCUGUCAAACAUGGUCACUGACAUGGCUGCUGGUCUUGCCUGCGAGGGUCAAAACCUCAGUCAUAAAUCCGUCAUAGGUGGCAUACUCUAGGCAUACUAUAUGAUGUCGAGAUCCCCCGUUAUUACUCAAAGUUAUAGGAGUACACGAAUCCCAUUUACUCCAUUGUUUUGAGACUGACUUUCUGUUACACAAAAAAACCCUGGCAUGCCCUCACUCACAAACAUGCACAUACAUGCUACAUCAUCUGCUGCUAACAGUAUCCGUGUCACCAACAUACAUUAAUAGCAUUUAUUUUCAUUACCAUAACCCCUCCAUGUCAUCUCAGUCAUGCCCCUCAUGCCAGCGGACUCCUAGGCCUCCCUGCUCCCUAAGGGGGGAGGGGUGGGGUCUCAUCAGCCUCCUCUAGGAUCUCCUCCUCCUGACUGGCGCGGUUGCCGCUGGUCUGGUUGAAGCUGGUCAGCUGCUGGUGACCUGAUUAUUCUGGCCAUUCAGCCUCAGAAAGACAUUGUGUAGAAGGCUUGGAUGUAACAGCUUUGGCUUUCAACAUACAAGAUCAAGAAGAGAGAGCAUCUCUUUAGGUUAAACACAUAGCCAGAGAUGUAUACGGAUUAAGGUUUGUAAAGAACAACUAAUAGAGAAGCUGGCAAGUGUUUGAAGAUUCAAACAAAACCCACUAAACCAUCUCGACCGAAGGAUGCAGUCUUGAGGUAGCAGGUUGGCAUUUCUUCUUUCAGUUUUCUUCUGACUAUUUUUCCCUCUCGUGUUGCUUCAGCUGAGUUUCUGGUGAGUUCUCUAAUGUGGAUGACCGAAAUGGAGAGGUUCUCGUACAAGGGGAUUCUUCUAAUCAAAAGAGGCCAGGCGAGCAGGUGUGUGCUGGCCUGUUCUGCUUACACAUUGUUCUCAGCAGAGGAUAAUCUCUAUUUAAUGUCUUAAGACGGCUGCUACUGCUAUAUACCAUAGGUGUCUGGGUGUCAGAGCCUUACCCUAACUAAAGGACCUCUGACCUCUUCAACAUACACACACACACACACACACACACACACAUAAAUGGACCAUUUGUCCUGUAGAUUACGGGUAGUUAUACGUAAUAAUGAUGCUGGGACAUGAACUGAUUGGGAACCAGGAGAACCAGGCAUUUACAGAUCAGAAAACUCUCUAGAGUAUCUUUUAACAUGGGCACAAUCAUUCAACAAAUCAACAACUUGUUCACAGAAUCCUAACCAUAUAUACGAAAAUCUCUUCAUCCUCCCAAGGUAUGUGUUGUCUGGUCAAGCAGAAGCUUUGGUACAUUAACAGAGGCAGGAUGGGAAUGAACUCUACAGGAUUUGGAUAGAGGGCGUAAUGUUUCUCCUUGUACGGCUGUCAGAUGGGUUUAAUGCAGGACUGGUUUAGAAGUAUCUUCUGUGUGUCAUCAGUCUAUGUUGCUUUAUAUGUAGGCUUUCAGAGAAAGGGAAGGAGAGCAUAGGAUGUAUUGGUAAUGUGCAUUUCAAUGUGAAUACUAAAUGGACCCCGUAUCGUAGAAGCCUUGGCGAGGUGUAAUAGACUUCCAAAGCUUUAUUGAAUAAAUCUAGAUGGGGGAGUGUAGCUGAUGUCACAAAGUGGAUGAGUCAGGAGGCAAGAGAUGCCCUGGUGUUAUAGAGGUCAAAGGUCACAUUUUUCCUUCUGUUCUGACUUGAAGGGCUUGCCUCUUCAUCUGUUACAUGGCACACAUGCACCAUCACCACCGCCCCCUUACAUUUGCAUCUACCCUCCAUCCUCCCAUUGUCACCAGUAAUGUACGUCUGGUCACACAAGUCCAGUCUGUGCCUAUUAGUGGCUUUAAUCGUCCUAAACCAUGAUGUGGAAUUCUGGUAGAUUCAUGUUCUGCAGUUCAAAUUCUAGAAGGUUCAGAAAUGGAAUUUUGAAACUUGCUCCGGUGUAAAGACAAUUUGUCUACAAUCAUUUACAGGUUCAGAAGUGUACAUAUUUAUUUUCUAGUCUGCAUCAAUGCCAGUUCCCCUUGGAGAUUGUCAGUUUAGCGGCCCUCGUGGCAGAGGAUGUCCUACCUUUCAUCUUUACCACUGGAGCCUGGUGAAGCGGACAGCAGAAACAGAACUCUUGUUUUUUUUUCAUUACUAUCAUUAUUAUAAUAAUUAUUAUAUAUUUUUUACAAAUGAUGGCCAAUUUGUUACCAUUUGAAUUUAAUGUGUGUAAAUUAUUCAUAUAAAAUUCCUUUGUUUAUAUUAAAAUGAUUAAUUAGA